GAGGAGCAAUUUUUUCAGGAUCCGGGUCCCCCAGAGGACGUCCUGGCGCGCUCCGCUCCCGCGUGCCCGGGCCUGGUGGUCGGCACGGGCGCUGCUGCUGCGAGCGCCGCCGUCGCAUGCCUUGCGCGCCUUCUCGGCGGCACCUGUCCCGCCGGCAGCGUCGUCUUCGGCAGCACCGCUGUCUUCGGCUGGGGCGCCCGGCGCUGCCGCGCCCUCCGCCGCCGCAGCGGCGGCCGCCUCUGCAGAUGCUGUUGCAACCAGCGUGGCGGUGCGAGGCGCGGCGCUGCACCGCGCGGCUGGUGCGAGGUUCGCCGGGGCGCUGGGCGCAACGCGACCAGCGCGCGGUGCUGCCAGCGUCGCGGCGCCGGCGGCCACACCACCUCCGGCCAGGCGCGCGGAUGCUGCGGGUGCAGCGCGCGGCGCGGUGCCGCCGGCCACGGCGGCGGUGUCCGCAGCAGCACCGGCAUCCUCGGCGUCUGGAGCCUGCCGCGUCUCGCUGGCGCUCGCGCAGGCCGCGCCGGCAGUCGCGGAGGCAUUGCUCACAGCAUGACGACAGCCAGCGCGUCCACAGCGGCGCCGGAGCUCGCGCCCGACGGGCAGGCGUCGCCAGCACAGAGCGGAGAGGCGCAGGUCGGGGGGCUGGCGGAUUGUUUCUCCCUCGGCUUCGCUGCCGCUCCCCUCCUCUUCCUGACCUCGUGCACCCCCUUCCUUCCUCGCUGGGCUCUUGCCUCCUCCCGCCGUUGCUCCUCCCUCGGCCCUCCCCUCCAGGUGCCAUGUCGUUCAGAUCGGCUGGAUUCGAUACAAUAUCAUCGAUUCUGGCCGGCCCGACCCGAUCUGAUUCCAUGCGUUCCUAUGCGGCCCGAUGCUUGCAUGGCGCUUCUGUGCAUCCUGGCUUGGCCGAUCCUGUUCCAUCCUGAUCCGAUCCACUUCGUCUUUGUCCGGUUCAGAUGCUGACAUCCGUCGCGGUCUCGUUGAGCACUGUUUCGUGGUUUGCUCGUUCUGAGUCUUGGUGCCGACAGCGCUUGAUCAUGACGAUCGUGAAUAUGGCGUCCGCUUGUAUGAGCUGUUUCUGGAACGGAUGAUGUCCAGCACUGUAGCGCGCAAGUCAAGAGCCUUCGCAAUUCAUGAUCAUGGCAGCCAUUCGGC